AUGGAACAGCAGGUCCGGAGUCUCCUGAUACUCGUGCAGGAGCUUAGUGCGACCGAUAACCAAAGCGAGACAAGCGAAUACAGUCACAGCAGUAGCAGCUCGGCCAGCGAUACUUUGGAACAAUGCGCCGAGGACCUCCACGAGUAUGUGCAGCUUCUAAACGAGCUGCAUCCAUCAAUCGAGACGCUUUUACAAUUAUCGGAAGAAGUUCCGCGUCAGCCAGAACCAGAUCAAGCGGAGCCAACAGCGCCAAUGAUCUUCUCCGACAUCAUCCAAUCCAAGUUCAAGAAAGCGCCUGGCACCUUAGUGGAGACCUUAGGUCGGCUGAACUUUGAGCGAUCCAAUAGAAUGGCCGCAGCUCGCGAGUCCAACCUUGCAGCUACUGAAGAGUCCUCAGAUAUGGUCGAUCAAGGCGAGAAGUCAACAGCAUUCCACGACUCGGGAUUGGGAACCAACACUGGGAGCGGAAAGGUGGAAAUAUGCAAGCAUUACGCCGAUCAUCUCGAAGAAAUCGCUAUAGCAGCAUCGCCUCUCGAAGUUGCGGAUGAAGGGAAUACUGACGAAAGCUCUGGUUAUGGUGAUUGGCAAUUUCCUACCGAGGGGUGGCUUCAACCGACGAGGUUAAGCGAUGUUGCGGAAGAAGAGUAG